AAAACUGUCCAAAAAUUGAAUCGUAAAAACCAAUAUGAAAGACAACAAAUUUCUCGUUCUGCGGAACAAAUAGAAAUGAGCAGAGUAUCUUUAUCUUUAUCUGAGACAUUCAAAGCGUAUCACGCAUACGCUAAACCUGAAGAAAACUUUCUUGUCUUCCAUGUUCAUUUUUCCCUUUCCAUUUCCGAACGGUUUCUUCUAUAUUUAUUUAUAUGUUCGUGAUUGAUGCUAUUGACAACAUACAACUAAGGGGAAAUACGAAUAGUAAUAGAUAGAUGUAUAAUUCAUUAUGCAAUUUUAUAGAAUUAAAUCUUAUUUAUCUUCAGAUAUAAAAACUAUAUUUACCAGCUGAAACACUAACGCAUAUGCAGUAUAAUAUAAUCUACUUAACAAUCUCGUUUUAGUUAUAAUAUGUGAUUAAUUCUUUUGCUAUUUCGCUAUAAACAGUUUCUUGUGCAUACAAUAUUUUUUUAUAGUAUUCUAAUAUAUUGUUAGAUAUUGUAAAGAAAGUAAAGUACAGUUAUUGAAGUUUGGGAACAUUCAAUGUUAACCUUGCUUCAAAAAAUAAUCUUUCGAAUGAAUGGGGAAUAGAUUUUUAGUAUUAUAGUUGGUAUAAUGUCAUCAUUGUUUACAAUGUGUUAGAGUUAAAGAAAUGAGACAAAUUAAUAUUUCAGAAGCAAAUUCAAUAUUUAAAUGAUGUUAUUUUAAAAUGGCAGAUGAUAUGAAUGUUCUUUUUAUACGAGGAAAUGGAAACGAUACAGACUCAGCCAAUGAUAAUGUUUGGGAUGAUAGUGCAUUAAUAGAAGCAUAUGAUAAAGCAAUAUAUUUAGCAAAAGAAGAAGUUAUCAAGCGAAUGGGAAUGGAUGUUGGAAAUUCUCAACCGAAAGAAAACCUACAAAAUCUUAAGCAGCCUAAACACGCAAGUAAAUUACACAAGAAAUGGAUCAUAGGAGCACCUUAUCGUGCAAUAUACUCAGAGGAUGGAGAAACUUAUGAAGCUAUAAUAUCAAAAAUUUACGAAAACAAUGGCUAUGGUAAUACAGAGAAAGUCGAGUUGAGUUCUCUUUUAGAAUCAGAAGGUUUGCAAAGUCAAAUAGCACAACAAAAGAAAGCUUUGGAAGAUAAAUUCAAUGAAGAGAACGAUGAGACUUGUGAGACUAAUUUUUCUACAAAUGUAAAUUCGAAAAAAUAUAAUGUAGAAAAAAUGGAUUGUGACUCUGAAGAAGCAAAUGCGUAUAAACAUCACUUCAUACCGGGACCAUCUUUCAAUUCGAUGACUGAUAUAAUGCCACCUGCACCUCCUUUACCACCACAAUUAAUGGCCAAAUUACCAGAUAAUGAUACAGACGCACUUUCAAGUAUGUUGAUGUCAUGGUAUAUUAGUGGUUACAUGGUAUAUUACACAGGUUAUUACCAUGGUUUGAAACAAGCAAGAAACAAUCAAGAGAACAGGAAGAACUGUUGAUUAUAUCAAUUUUUUCAAUAACAAUAUAACAAUAAUAUAAGAUAUAAUAAAAUAUAAAACUCAUUGUAUUUAUUUACUUCAAUUAUUUGAAAUAAAGAACAGCUUUAUUUUCAUAUAA